CAGCAGCAGAAAGCAAAUGAACAUUCAAACUGAUUUCACUCCUUAAAAAUGGUCUCCACUUCCAAAUUCUGUCCCCUCUUUUCUAUUUAUCUAUACAUACACUCACACACACAUCAAAACCUUCCUCAUUUCAUUCACACACAAACACAAACACAUCAUAUGCAUCCAUCUCCAUGAGUUCUUGAUCAAUCUCCGAAGCUGAUCAGCUCAAUUAGCUAAUACAAAGAGAGAGGCUGCAAUCUUUCCCAAAAAGGGCCAUUUCUUGAAAUCCAAAAAUAGCAUGGAAGAUCUGCGUUUAGUGCUUCACGCUGCAACCUUCUGAAGAAACAAGACGCUACCUUUCGCCUUCGAACAACCCCACAGUUAUGAUGGCGGUAACAUCUGCUUGCAAGGACAAGAUGGGGAUGGAUAAUGGGAAGUAUGUGAGGUACACCCCGGAGCAGGUGGAUGCUUUGGAGAGGUUGUACCAUGAGUGCCCGAAGCCGAGCUCGUUGCGCCGACAACAGCUGAUCAGAGAGUGCCCUAUCCUCUCCAACAUCGAGCCUAAGCAGAUCAAAGUUUGGUUCCAAAACAGAAGAUGUAGGGAAAAACAGCGAAAAGAGGCGUCGCGCCUUCAAGCUGUGAACCGGAAAUUGACAGCUAUGAACAAGCUGUUGAUGGAGGAAAAUGAUCGGCUGCAGAAACAAGUCUCUCAUUUGGUGUACGAGAACAGUUUCUUCCGCCAACAAACUCAAAAUGGAACGCUCACCUCAACUGAUAACAGUUGUGAAUCGGUGGUGACAAGUGGUCAGCACCACUUAACUCCUCAAGAUCCACCCAAGGAUGCAAGUCCUGCAGGACUGCUGUCCAUUGCAGAGGAGACUUUAACAGAGUUUCUAUCGAAGGCUACUGGAACCGCUGUGGAGUGGGUCCAAAUGCCCGGGAUGAAGCCUGGUCCGGAUUCCAUUGGAAUCAUCGCUAUUUCUCAUGGAUGCAGUGGUGUAGCAUCACGUGCAUGUGGCCUCGUGGGAUUAGAACCCACUCGAGUGGCCGAGAUCCUCAAAGAUCGACCUUCAUGGUACCGUGAUUGUCGAGCUGUGGAUGUGCUCAAUGUGAUGUCUACUGGAAAUGGUGGAACAAUUGAGCUGAUGUAUAUGCAGCUCUACGCACCAACUACUCUCGCACCUGCUCGAGACUUCUGGCUGCUACGCUACACUUCUGUGAUGGAGGAUGGCAGCCUUGUGGUGUGUGAAAGAUCUCUGAACAACACUCAGAACGGCCCCAGCAUGCCGCCUGUGCAGCAUUUCGUACGAGCAGAGCUGCUUCCCAGCGGAUACCUGAUAAGGCCGUGUGAAGGGGGUGGAUCCAUCAUUCACAUAGUUGAUCACAUGGAUUUAGAGCCUUGGAGUGUUCCUGAAGUGCUGCGCCCUCUGUACGAGUCAUCGACUCUGCUUUCUCAGCGGACAACCUUGGCUGCUUUGCGCCAGUUGAGGCAGAUAUCUCAAGAAGUAUCUCAGCCUAAUGUAACGGGUUGGGGGAGACGACCUGCUGCUUUGCGUGCUCUUGGCCAAAGGCUGAGCAGAGGCUUCAACGAGGCUGUCAAUUGCUUCACUGAUGAAGGGUGGUCGAUGAUAGAGAGUAAUGGAAUAGAUGAUGUUACCGUGCACGUAAACUCCUCCCCCGGGAAACUGAUGGGAACGAUUCUAACUUAUGCAAAUGGAUUUCCGUCCAUGAGCAACGCGGUGCUAUGUGCUAAGGCAUCCAUGCUGUUACAAGUAAGUACAUCAGAGAUUCAAUUUUUUACCAAAACCUUACUUGGGAGCAUCACUUUGAACGUCAUCUUCUUGCAGAACGUACCUCCGGCUAUUCUGUUGAGGUUUCUAAGGGAGCACCGGUCUGAAUGGGCUGACAGCGGCAUUGAUGCCUAUUCGGUUGCUGCUGUGAAAACCGGGGCUUGCAGCAUCCCCGUUUCUCGUGUUGGAUGCUUUGGAGGGCAGGUUAUCCUUCCCUUGGCUCACACCAUUGAGAAUGAAGAGUUCAUGGAGGUGAUUAGGCUUGAAAACAUGGCUCAAUAUAGAGAUGAUGUGGUUAUGCCUAGUGACAUCUUCCUCUUGCAAGUCUGCAACGGCGUUGACGAGAGCGCUGUCGGGACUUGUGCGGAGCUCAUCUUUGCUCCAAUAGACGCCUCUUUCUCCGAUGAUGCUCCUCUCCUUCCGUCUGGUUUCCGCAUCAUCCCUCUCGAGUCGAAAUCUGAUGCCUCAAGCCCUAACCGUACGCUGGACCUUGCGUCCACUCUGGAAGUCGGGGCCGCGGGGAGCAGAGCGAGCGGCGACCCAAUGAGGAGCUCCGGGACAGCGAAAUCCGUCAUGACGAUCGCAUUCCAAUUUGCGUUCGAGAUGCAUCUUCAAGAGAGUGUUGCGGCUAUGGCGAGGCAGUAUGUCCGCAGCAUCAUUGCAUCCGUUCAACGAGUGGCGUUGGCGCUUUCGCCCUCCCGUCUCGCCCCUCAUGCCACUCUGCGCCCCCCUCCUGCCACACCGGAGGCACAUACACUCGCAGGCUGGAUCUACCAAAGUUAUAGGUUUUUCUUGGGCGUAGAGCUACUCAAACCUGCAGCAGAAGGAAAUGAUUCUAUUCUCAAAACACUCUGGCAUCAUUCUGAUGCUGUACUAUGUUGCUCUCUAAAGGCAUUGCCAGUUUUCACAUUCGCGAAUCAAGCAGGGCUCGACAUGCUCGAGACCACCCUAGUCGCGCUACAAGACAUGACUCUCGAGAAAAUCUUCAACGACGAUGGGAAGAAGACACUCUUCGCGGAGCUCCCUCAGAUCAUGCAACAGGGCUUCGCGUGCCUACAAGGGGGCAUCUGUAUGUCGAGCAUGGGGCGGCCGAUCUCGUACGAACGAGCCGUUGCGUGGAAGGUUUUGAAUGAAGAAGAAGAUGCACACUGCCUCUGCUUCAUGUUUGUAAACUGGUCGUUUGUUUGAGUCACAAGAACCAUCACAUUUUGACAUCUUUGUAUGAGUUGUGACACCACUUCAUGUUCAGACUCAACUUUUUUUCUCUUUAAUUUAUUAUUAACACUAUUAGUUUUGUAGUUUUAACACAAUUUGGCCUUAAUUUAUGUUAAACUCUCUGUUUUUGAGUUUAUAUGCAAAUCA